CUCGGAUCAGUGGUCAAGUGGCAGCGUGUAUUUUUAGUAACAACCGCAAUAACCAAACUGCUAUUUAAAACGCCAUCUUAAUAGUAUAAAUAUGAACUAUUAUUAGACAAUCAAAGCAUUAUUUUUUUCCGAUGAAGUAUGAGGGUGAGAGGAGAGAUGCUUAUGCCAUCCAGAGUCAUGGAGCCUAAGCUUGUUGCUGUUUGGGGUGUGUGUUGGAGAUUUCUUAACAGCUCUGCCUGUAUUUGAAAGAUGAAGGCAUGUUGGUUGUGACAUAACCAUGCAUACUCAAGGAAUGCAAAGCUGGUGCUGAGGCACAGGUGUGGCUGGAGUAAACUCAGUGCUGAUAAGCUUGUUUUUGCCUGCUAUCCACUUGUUAUUUACUCCUUUUAAAGAAUGAAAACAUCUGACAGCUGAACAGAUUUUAGGCUUGUGAGCGUGGGCAUGAUACGAUCAACGAUGGUCUCUUGAACAAAUUUGCCUUUUAUGGAUUAUAACUGUAGUAACCUUUACCUGUUGUUUUAGUUUUAUUGCUGUUUUGAUGUUGUGAUACUUAUAUAUUAUGACUUUGUACAUCGCUCAGAGUGGCUAGGUUUCCAGCCAGAUGGGCGAUAAAUAAAUCGCAGAAAUAAAUAAAUAAAAUAAAUAAAUAAAUUAUUGGUUAGACAGACAGGGAAAUUCUCCUUCAGAGUCAUUCUGCUUUAUCAUGUCAGACCAGCUGGUGCGCACGUGUACUAAAUCUAUGCACUCAGCCCCCUUUUAAACUUUCAUUGGGGGGGGGAACAGAUAAAACACGUGCAGGGAUUUGCAUCAGCAAACCAAACAAAUUUGCUUUCACGUUUCCCCACCCCCUUUCAGUAUUGCAAAGCACUGGUUGGUGGUCUUAAUGAAGGAUUGCUGGAUUUUGUUGGACAAGAGCUUGGGACCUUCUUUUGCAGUGCUCGUGCUGUUUUUGAAAGCUGAUGCCUUUUGAACUGCUUCUGGCUAUCCUGGACAAAAAUGGAGGAUUCAAGAAACACCUGGAUCAUCAGAAACACAAUUUUACUUGUAGAGGAUCAACUGCUAACAUGCAGACUCAGGAUAUGAAGAGAAGUGAAUGAACAGAGGAUGACAAUGAACAUUUGUAUUUCAAACUUGCCUAACACGAAGUAGCAUAAAUGUGUCUGCUAUGGGAAAGGUGGCAUGGAAGAACAUUUUGUCCACAGCAAAGAAAAGGCAAUGUCUUUGUUGUCAGCCUAGCCAUUGCUGACCUGGUAGUGGCAAUCUACCCAUACCCUUUGGUCUUGACAUCUGUCUUUCACAAUGGAUGGAACCUGGGAUACAUCCACUGCCAAAUCAGUGGGUUUCUUAUGGGCCUGAGUGUUAUUGGAUCCAUAUUCAACAUUACUGGGAUUGCUAUUAACCGAUAUUGCUACAUCUGCCACAGCCUGAAGUAUGACAAGCUGUACAGCGACAAGAACUCCUUGUGCUAUGUUAUUCUUAUCUGGGUCCUAACAUUUGUUGCCAUUGUGCCCAAUCUUUUUGUCGGAUCCCUUCAAUAUGACUCCAGGAUCUACUCGUGUACCUUCUCCCAAUCGGUGAGCUCUGCAUACACAAUUGCUGUUGUGUUUUUCCAUUUCAUGCUCCCAAUAGCCAUUGUGACAUUUUGCUACUUGAGGAUAUGGAUCUUAGUUAUUCAGGUUCGGAGGAGAGUUAAACCUGACAACAAACCCAAACUAAAACCACAUGACUUUAGGAACUUUGUCACCAUGUUUGUGGUGUUUGUACUCUUUGCAGUCUGCUGGGCUCCUUUGAAUUUUAUAGGCCUUGCUGUGGCUGUCAACCCAGACACGAUAACUCCCAGGAUUCCAGAGUGGUUGUUUGUUUCUAGUUACUACAUGGCAUACUUCAACAGCUGCCUUAAUGCUAUCAUUUAUGGACUUCUGAACCAGAAUUUCAGACGAGAAUAUAAACGAAUUAUUGUGACAAUUUGUACGGCAAAAGUUUUCUUCCAAGACAGCUCAAAUGAUGCAGUCGACAGAAUGAAAAGCAAGCCCUCACCACUGAUCACAAACAACAAUUUAGUGAAGGUUGACUCAGUGUGAAAAGAGAAACCUUGUUACAGACAAUUUAUAGACACUCUGAUGUACAACACUCAAAUGUCAGAUCUGUUUGUUAGCUUCGUGGUUCAGGCUCUGCAAUGAAAAGUUGAUCCUCUAACGUGCAAAUGCACUCAGAUGAGAUUAUAUGUACAGUAUUUUUGAACCAAAGUAGCAGUUUUUAACUUAAAGAUCCUCCUAUUGCACUACAUGAUGUGUUGCGUACAGUGGACAUGAUCCUAUCAAAGUUAAGCACCUCAGACCCCACUGAUGCCAGUGGGAUAGUUAAGCAUGUAGUGAAUCUCUCCCUUUGAAAUUAAUGGGAUUUAAGUGUUUUUCCCCCCUUUGGUUGAACAAUUCCCAGUAAUUCAUUGACACACAAAUAUAGGCUAUUAUAGAAUUAAAGAACAAAUAGUUGUAAAUCUGUUGUUUGGUUUAGAUAAGCACUAGGGAUGAAUUGGAACUAAUAGAAACAUAUUACUUGUAUUUUUUAAGAAAUAAAAGCACCAUCGUAAUCUUCCUAAACUAUAACCAAAUGCUGCAGCAGCAUAAAUACAUAUAACUAGUAAUUUUACAAAAGGUUCAAGGUGGCACUGGUAAAUUAUCAGAGUAUACACAGCGGUAAACUAUAGGAUAGCAAGUUAUUAAAAAAAUUAAAUUAUAGGGAAACCCUAACGUUAAAUUAUCCAGGAUUGAUAAGCAACAAAAUCUACAUAGCCACUCAUGUGUGUGUGAGGAAAUUUGACAGUGAACACUGAAGUCACCAAGGAUGAAAGACCUUUGAAGCCCCCUUAUUAAGAACGGUGAGUCAGGUGGGCCACUGAGCCUCUCUUCAAAAAUAGAAAAAUAGAAGUAUCUUCUCAGUUAUAAUAUGGUUAUUGCCUGGUAAAAUGAGCUUUAUGAAGUAUUAAGUUCAGAGAUAUGCAUACUAAAUUGAUUUUGUUGCUAUCUCUUUGCUAUAAAUACCUAGAGGACAGUCAACAGAUGAAAACAGAACUAGCUGUUGGAGAAAGAAUCUGUGACUUCUAGUUAUAACUUCCAGAUUCAUGCUGUCCCACAAAUUUCUGUUUUCUUUUAGGCUGAUAAAGAAAAAAGCCAUAUGAAACACAGGUGUAUGCAAACAGAUAAUUUUCAGUUACUGACACUUUGAUAAAUGAGAGGUUAACUGAUUAAACCAAGUCAUAAGAGCCCUGCUGGAUCAGUCCAAAGACCCAUCCAUCCAGCAUCCUGUAUUCACAGUGGCCAACUGGAUGCAUCUGUGAAGCCUGCAAGCAAGACACCAGCACAACAUGACUUUCUCUUUCAGAUUCUACUUCCUAUUGGAUAUAUUAAUAUGUUUAAAAAUGUCCUUACGUUCAGUGGAAAAUAUUACAGCCUUACUUUUUAGGGCCAAACUACACAUGACCUUAACUGCAUUGUUCUACCCUCAAGUACAGGGUCCCCACCCCCAAUUCUCAAGGCAGGGUCCUUAGUCUGGAUUAGACUGGGCCAUUCACUGUCUCUCAGCUUAACGUAUUUUACAGGGUUGUUGGGAGGAUAAAAUGGAGAAGGGGAGGACCAUGUAUGCCACCUCGAGCUCCUUGGAGAAAAGAUUAAAUAUAAAUGUACUAAUCAUCAUCAUCAUCAUCUGUAAUUUGCAUGGCAAACAAAACAAACAUGGGAGUUUUUUCUUGCAAUACAAAUCAAAUCCUUGAUUCAGAUUGGGGCCACAGUAUGUGUGGGGGAAAGGUUUAAUCCCAUGCUAGGGUCCUAGACUGGAUUGGGGGUCCAUGCUGGCAAUUUGUGUUUGUGUGUGUGAAGGAUCUGUACUCAAGGGCAGAACGCUGCAGUUAAGGUGACAUAUAGUUUAUUCCUCAGUCACCCACUGAUCUGUAUCUUCAAGUAUGGUCUAUGGUGCUCCAUAUUAGUUCAAACCAUUUCUAGGUCAGGCAGCAAGGGGGGUGGAUUUUGACUUCUGUUAUUGUAAAUUGCAAUUGUUAACUAUAGCUAAACAGAUUGAUCAAAUCACUUCUAUAUAAUAUAAUCUCAAAUAUUUGGUUUCCAACACUUUAGAUACAAUACAUUUUAAAGCACUAAAUAUUCAUCAUAUUCUACAGAGCUCUGUAAGAUCUAGGAAUGCAAUCAAAAACAUCUAUGUCCUGAGGCAUAAUGUUACUGUACAAUUUAAUGUAGCUCUUGCAGCAAGUCAUACAUACUUGAUAACUGCUACAUACAACUGAAAAGGUGUUUUGUCUUAAAACAAGAGCAUCAUGUUGUUUUUAGCUCACUUUAAGUUUGCAAGGGAAUUAACAGCAACCUUUCUAGGUCUGAAGAAGCUGGUCAAUGCAUUUCUCAAGACAUUUGACUCACCAUUGUUUACAUUCUUACCAAUCAAACCACUGUGUAAAUAAUCAGUGCUCUCCUAUCGUGACAUCAUGUGGUAUGACUGACCAAGCAAACUCUAUAUCACAGCUUCCUUCACUAAGAUUCCAUCCUUAGAGGAUGCUUAGUUGUGUAUUGGCAUUGCUUUGUAUGUAGUGAUAUCAGAACAAUAUGCCAGACCAUCUGAUUUUAAUAAUAUAAAAGAAAUACACUACUUAAAUUCUUACCAAAAUCUUGCCUUACUUAAACAAUAUUAUGAUUAAUAAUAAAGUAAUGUAUCUGACAAAGUAGCUUAAAUGUAGUUUCAGUAGCCUGAUUAAUAUUUAGUAUCUUUUUAAAAAGAGUUGUUUUUUCCCUUCCCCUGUACAAACUGGUAGAUGAAAUUGAAGAAGAAAAUGGACAUGCUCAGAGUAGCAUAUAUCAGUCAUGUAGGUUAUUGGAGGAACUAACAGUGCAAUCAUAUUCAUGUCUUAAGCCCUGUUGAGUUCAAUGGGAUUUGCUUUCAUGUAGGGGAGUAUAGGAUGGCAGCCUAAAAAAUAGAUAUUUUAUUAUAAUUGUGAAACUAUUGUUUGCUAUGUGCAAUAUAUAUAUAUUGCAAAAGGCCAAUAUUUUGGAGAAAAGGUCAGUUAUUAAAAUGGUUAGCAUUUUUAGAUCUGAUAUUUUAAAAUAUUUGUAUUAAAUAUAAAUCCCCAGAAAGUAUGCAUGUUGGUGAUGUUAACAACCUGCUAAAU